AUGCCCAUCCACCAUCCCUGUCCGCAACACCCUAGCAACACCCUUGAAGGCAACGGGCAGAAGAUCUCGGCAGGGAGGGCCGGAGGUCCCAACCAUGGCUCUGUCAUCUCCGCCAUCCGCCCCUUCUACCCCCCUCAUUACUCUAGGAACCAGCAAUCCCAGUACGGGGGAGGAGCUACAGCCAACCAGCACAUGCCGCCCGCCAGCCAGCCAAUCCUGGAACAGGGAGGGUGGGAGGAAGUGGGAGCAGAAGGCUGUAAGCUGUUGGCUCCAGUUGUGGAGAAUACGCGCCCCUCCUCCCCUCCCCCCUCUGCCUCACUCCUACCCCCCCCUCUCUCUCACCCCUACUCACCCCCUCUCCACCGCUCCUCCCCCGAGCACAGAGAGAGAGAUGGGUUCAACCCUCAGCUCCAAUCCCCUCACCCUAGACCCCCCCAACCCAACAUCUAUCCCCUGCAACAACAGCAGCACCCCCACCCCCUGGCCGAGGGGGAGACAGGGGGACAGAGAUUACCCCCCCAGAACUACAGGUGUUCGGGAGCAGAGAAUGAGUAUCGUCGGUGCUUCUCACAGGUAUGUGUAGGAGGUGCAGACUCCAGAGCAGAGCAGUGCGCUUCCUACAACAACCAGGAGUUUAUGGGCAGACUGUACGACUGGGAAACUUUCACUCAGGUUGGGGUGGAAAAGCAGUGUGAGCUGACGUGUAGGCCGGUUGGAUAUCGCUUCUACGUGAGUCAGGCAGACAGAGUGAGAGAUGGAACACCCUGCAUUAACACCAGCACCAAUGACGUGUGUGUGGCCGGGCGCUGCCUGACUGAGGGCUGUGAUGGGGUGUUGGGGUCUGGCUUGGUGAUUGACAGGUGUGGUCAGUGUGGGGGGCGGGACCUGUCCUGUCAGAAGCUGAGCGGGAGCUUCCAGAACACCAGUGUUCCCCUUGGUUACCACAGAAUUCUGGACAUCCCUCCAGGAGCUACUGCCAUCAACAUCACAGAGAGACACGCCAGCUCCAACUACCUGGCCCUACGUAGUGGUACAGGUGUAUCAGUAGUGAAUGGGCGCUGGGCGGUGGAUCCUCCAGGAGACUACGAGGCAGGGGGGACUACCUUCACCUACACCCGUCCCAGGGCUCUCUCUGAUGGGCAGGAGGACAGAGGAGAGACCCUUAGAGCUCCAGGACCCACCACCACACAACUGACUCUAUAUAUCAUCUUCCAUAGGCAGAAUCCAGGGAUCGACUAUGAAUUCUACAUCCCAACAGAAAAGAAAGUGGAAGAGAGGGAGAGGCCGCGAGAGAGAGAAAGAGAGAGGCCUAGAGAGAGAGAAGUAGAGAGGGAACGACCGAGGGAUGGAGGGAGGGCACCCCUGAGAGACACUAGUUCUCUCAUUGUAACAGUGGAAGACCCUAUCCCUCCUCCCCCCAUCUCCUCUUCGUCCUCUUCCUUCUCCUCCUCUUCUUCCGCAGACAGAUGGACAUCUGAGAGCUCACGCCCCCGAGGCUCGGUACCCAAUCGGAAUGCUCGAAUCCCACCUCGUACUGACCUGCCACUCGACACCCAGUCACCCUUCGUAUGGAGGAGGGGCGGGCUCACUGACUGUACUGCUUCCUGUGGCAAAGGUUCCCAGUACAGGGUGAUCCUGUGUAUUAACCGCCAUACUGACGAGGAAGUCCCAGACAGGAAGUGUGACUCAGCAGCAAGACCCUCCCCUGAAGAGGAGACCUGCAACACACACCCCUGCCCAGCAUUCUUCGAGGCCAGCUCAUGGUCAGAGUGCAGUGUGUCUUGUGGUAUGGGAGUACAGCAGAGACAGCUUCAGUGCAGACAGAGCUUUGGGAACCGUUCCACCAUGGUUCAACCACAACGCUGCUCCAACCUAACCCCACCUGACCUCACCCAGUCCUGCCAGCUACAACUCUGCUCACACUGGGAGAUAGGCACCGACUGGAGCUCUUGCUCAGUGGACUGUGGCAUGGGGAAGAGAACUCGUAAUGUCCGCUGUGUCAGUGACCAUGGCAGCGUGGUGAAUGACAAGGAGUGUAACGCCAAGCUUCGCCCACAAGGAAGUGAGGACUGUCACAUGGGGCCCUGUGUAACCAACUGGUACUUCACUGGCUGGUCCAACACUUGUUCAGCCCCGUGUGGUCCAGGUGUUCAGAGGAGAGAGGUGUUGUGUCUGACCCGUGGAGGGAGAGAGGGAGGAGAGUGUUUGGGGGACAAACCGGCGGACAUGAAGGCGUGUAACGGGGGUCCGUGUGCUCCCACCUACAUGUGGUACAGUAGCCCCUGGGGUCAGUGUAGUGCUCCAUGUGGGAAUGGAACGCAGCGAAGGGACAUCAUCUGUGUGGAGAAGAUGGGGACAGAUUUCAAAGUGGCACCGAUCAGCCAGUGUGCCCAGCUGGAAAAGCCUCCCUCGGUGCAGACGUGUGCGAUGGAAGCAUGUCAGCCUCAGUGGUUUACUACGGAGUGGAGCGCGUGCUCUCGUUCCUGUGGUAAGGGGCUACAGAUCAGAGAAGUACGGUGUCUCACAUCUGACAAACAGCACAGCCCAGAAUGCUCCCUUACAGAUAAACCUGACCAGGAGCAGCUCUGCAAUACCAUACCCUGCAGUCCACAGGUCGCAGAUGAGAACUGCAGGGACCUGCGUCAUAACUGUGUGAUGGUGGUUCAGGCCAGACUGUGUGUCUACUCCUACUACAAGACAGCCUGCUGCGCCUCAUGUACCCAGAGUGCUCAGCGGGCCAAGAGGCACUGACCAGCCAAUAACAGGCUUCCAGCUGAGAUCAGCCAGGGGUCAGGGUUUAAGGGGUUAGAAGUCAAAGCGCAGGUUACCAUAGAAAUGAUCAGACCAUAGAAAUGGAGUGGGUAGAGUGGAUAUAUUACCACAUAAAGUGGGGAUUGAAUUGUGUUCUGGGCCAGAUGUACAGCCGUUAUAGAAGGGAUGUUUUGGAAUGUGAGUUAAUGUGUUACUUACUACAUUUCUUACAUUUUGUGGGUUAUCUGCAUAUGCAAAAAAUGUGCCAAUGACAUUGUACAGAGCUCCAUAAAUAUGGAACAUAUCUGAUUUCUAUGUCCACUCUUUCUGUUUCUAUGGGUUAGAGAUGCUGUGGGUGAUGUAUGUACACCCAGGACCUGGGUCCAGAGCUCUGUCCCAGUAGCCAAACUUGCAUACUACUUAGUGUGAGGUGAAGUAUUGUCCAUGCAUACUAUGUAGUAUGCUAGUAUGGAUAGAUGGGACCCAGAAGGUAUAACCCAACAGCAGUGUAAGUCUAUGAUGUAUGUUUUCUAUGUUUGUGUUCUAUAUGCCAAAAAACGAUUUGAAAUGUCUCCUCAGUGUUUAUACAGCAUCAUCAACAUUUGGUGAAAACAUACCAAAAUGUAAAAUGGUGGCCUAGUACAAGUGACCUGUUUUUAAAGGACAAUAGUGGAGAGAUGUCCAUAACCCGAGAACGCCCCCAAUCUGAAAACAAGCAGGGGUAGAAUGAAACGACUGUAUGGUCUAUUGGUGACUGUCCAGGUAUCCAACCUGUGCCCUCACGACUGUUAGCCCACUGAACUAAAGCCAAGGCAUUAACCUUGAAAGCUAAUACCAGUGUUCAGGCCUCAGCCAAGGUUACACCCAACCACCUCUGCUACAUACAGAAAAUAUACCACUACCUGAGACAUUUGUAUCAUCUGACCCAUCAAUACGUUCAAGAAUGGUAGGUAUUGAAAUAACAUUGUAUUCAUUUAUGCAUUCAUUUUCAGAAAUGCAUUUGCCACAAUAUGCAAAGCUAUGUCUAAGAGUUCAAUUCAGCUGUUUUUAUCUCCAUAUCAAAUCCUUUCUGGGUAACAAUGAAGUACCUUACUGUGACUGUUUUCAAUUCAAAUGGUCAAAAAGAAACUAAAUAACUUCUUAGCAAAGAGCAAUUUCUCAAGCAAGAAUUUUGCUAGGAAACUGAAAACUACUGUAGCUGUUAUUGGCAGAGACGUUUGAAACUAUUUAUCUUUUUGGUCUCUUAACUAACUGGUGAUGUCACCAUGCAGACCAAAACUUCAUCACACCAAAACAGGGAGAAAUUUCAGGUGGUCUUUUCAAACAGCUCUUACACUAAAAUGGCAUUAUCAUAAUUUUCACAAUUUCACAGUAUUAUUCCAAACUCAUAGUUUGGAAGGAUAUAUAAAACACAGAAAAAUCACGUUUUUGAGUGCACUGGGCCUUUAACUUCCAAAGGAGCAAGUAACAUCUCCCUGACUAAUUUGUGUUUUUACUGAAAAUGUUUAAAAGAGUUCUGUCUUGGACUUAAACAAAGCUCUUUUUAACAGAUAUUGCCCCUAUGCCUUGACAUAGUUGUAACAUGUUACGUCUACAGCAUACAGACAGACAGACACGCACGCACGCACGCACGCACACACACACACACACACACACACACACACACACACACACACACACACACACACACACACACACACACACACACACACACACACACACACACACACACACACACACACACACACACACACACACACACACACACACACACACACACACACACACACACACACUCCACAGGUGAACGAUGUGUAUAUAUGUCAGUCAAUAUUACAUUUGUAUGUCUAUAUUUCUGUGUGAACAUAUACUUAAUAUACAUAUACAUAAAUAUCUCCUAUAUUGUGGUAUGAUUUGAAUUUUAGGCGUACUGUACAUGUUAACUGUAUGCAUAUAUUCAUAUAAACUAUUCAUAUUUUUCAGUCAUCAUAUUAAGAAGAACAAAUUAUAUUUUGCUACCCUUGGAUGGUGUGUGUUGUGUGUGUGUUUGUCUUCCUGUCUCUUUGAAAUUGCCUAUUUGUGUUUAUUUCUGUGAGUAUGCAGCCGUGGGUGUAUUCUUGUGUGAGUCUCUGUGAAUAUCAUUUUCAUGUUUUAUAUCGUUUUUAGUAGAAACAAAAAGAAUUAUAUUAAAAAGUCUGAAAAAAGGAUAGUAAUUUAUCUAUUAUAAAAAAUACAUGUAAUUUAUUAUUUUUUCUUAAAUAGGAGCUGUAGCAAAUUCCCUCUGUUGCUACCGUGUCAGAGUUUAUGAUCAGAAGUUAUUGUGUAGAAGUAUAUGGAUUUUGUAUUAUUUUGAAAAAGGCAAACGAGUGUGUGGAAAAUGCUAUUACAAACUUAAUCUGAAAUAAAAACUGAAACCAGAAAA